AUGUUCACAAAUCAGAAAGGCCGCAAUAUUGAAGUAUAUGUAGAUGAUACAAUAGUAAAAAGCAAGAUAAAAAAAGAUCAUAUAGAGGAUUUGAAAGAGACCUUUGCAACUUUGCGGCAAUAUCAGAUGAAGCUCAACCUAGAAAAAUGUGUUUUCGGAGUCCGAUCUGGAAAAUUCUUAGGAUUUAUGGUUAGCGAGCGGGGCAUUGAUGCAAAUCCUGAUAAGAUUAAUGCUCUUCUUGAAAUGAAACAACCUAAAUCAAUUCGAGACAUUCAGAGAUUAACAGGAAGAAUGGCGGCCUUAACGCGCUUCAUCAGCAAAUCGGCGGAUAAAGCGCUCCCGUUUUUUGUGGUUUUGCGACAAAACAAGUCAUUUGAAUGGGGAAAAGAUCAAGCUGAUGCUUUAGAGAUGGUAAGAAACCAUUUGAAGUCUCUCCCAACAGUUGCACGACCGGAGCCGGGAGAAUACUUACAUUUAUAUAUAUCAGCGUCGCCAAAAACAGUGGCCUCAGUCCUGAUAGUUGAGAGGGCCAAACAACAAAUGCCAAUAUACUUUGUCAGUCAUGUCCAUAAUGCUGCUGAACGACGAUAUCUAGUGAUAGAAAAAAUGGCCUUUGCUCUCGUAAUUGCUGCUAGGAAAUUACGACCUUAUUUUGAUGCACAUCCAAUAGAAAUCCUUACGAAUCAUCCAUUGGAAAAAUCAUUGCAGAAAAUGGGUACAUCAGGAAGGUUAUUGAAAUGGGCUGUUGAAUUAUCGGAAUAUGAGCUGUAUUACAAACCCAGAGUGUCAAUAAAAGCACAGGCCUUAUUAGAUUUUGUUUUAGAAACCUCCUAUAAUGAUGAGGAGGAAGAAUUGGGGACAUGGCAGGUAUUGGUAGAUGGCUCAGCAACCUUAAUGGGAUCUGGAGCCGGUAUUGUGAUAACAGCCCCGAAUGGAGAGGUUUUUGAAUAUGCCUUGAAGUUCAAAUUCAAAGCUACAAAUAAUGAAGCUGAAUACGAGGCAGCAAUUACGGGUAUUCAGCUUUCUAUAGCGGCAGAAGCGAAAAGAUUAGUUCUCAAAACUGACUCGCAGUUGGUUUCCAGUCAGUUUCGUGGGGAAUAUGAAGCAAGAGAACUGGCGAUGAUAAAAUAUCUGGAAAAAAUAAAUGAGCUUACAGCCCAACUGCAGUAUUUUGAAGUUCAAUUGGUGCCGAGAGCACAAAAUUCCCAGGCUGAUGCUCUAGCAAGGCUAGCCAGUUCAAGUUUUAAUGACUUGGAGAGAACUGUUAUGGUAGAGGUUUUGAAGCAGAGAAGCAUAGACGAAUCGGCAAAGGAAGUUCAUUGCAUUCGGCAGGGGGAGCAAUGGUAUGAAAAAAUCCUAACAUACUUGCUGACAGGAGCUUUGCCGAUAGAGAAAGAAGAAUCUCGAAAAAUCAAAAAAGAUAGCGUAUGGUUCAUACUAUACCAGGGCCAACUCUAUAAAAGAGGGUUCUCGUUCCCAUUACAAAGGUGUAUAACAGCAGAAGAAUCUACAAGGCUGAUAGAAGAGAUUCAUGAAGAAACUUGUGGAAAUCACCUGGGGGCACGAGCUCUUUCAAGAGAAAUAAUGAGAAGAGGAUAUUAUUGGCCAUCAAUGAAUGAAGAUGCUUCUUCUUAUGUUAAAAAGUGUGAAAAAUGUCAAAAGUUUGCACCUACUCUGAACCGGCCACCAAAUGACUUAACGCCGAUAUUGAAUCCAGUACCAUUUGCACAAUGGGGGAUGGAUAUAGUUGGUCCCUUUCCGUCAGCAACUGGAAAUCGAAAAUUCCUACUGGUGGGUGUAGAUUACUUCACCAAAUGGAUCGAAGCAGAAUCGGUAACAACAAUAUCGGCAGCAGAAGUCAGAAAGUUCAUUUGGAAAAAUAUCUUUACAAGAUUUGGCCUUCCGGGAGCAAUGGUUUUUUAUCAUGGAUCACGGUUUGAUUGCAAGCCUGUAAAAAAUUUGCUAACAAUUUACAAAGUCAAGUUUGCAUAUGCAGCAGUUUGCCAUCCACAAUCAAACGGCCAGGCAGAAGCAGCCAAUAAGCAGAUAGUAAUGGCAAUAAAGAAAAAGAUCGAAGAUGCUAAAGGAUUGUGGGCAGAUUUGAUUCCAGAGAUCUUAUGGGCAAAUAGAACAACAGUUAAAGAAGCAACAGGAGAAUCCCCUUUCCACUUGGUUUUCGGAACAGAAGCAGUUAUACCAGCCGAGGUCGGUCUGCUGACAUUCAGAAUACAACACUACUGUGAAGAGCAAAAUGAUCUACUAUUGCGACAACAGUUAGAUUUUUUGCCAGAAGUAAGGGAGAAAGCAGCAGUUAAAUCGGCUGCAUAA